ACGUCACGGACGAAGGCCAGGCAGAGCUUCGGCAGCACCACCAAAAGCACUCGUGAGAAAUCGACCCACCGCUCAGAACAAAACAGCCUGAAGGAACAGCAUCGUCUCUUUGCCAGUAGACUGGCAAAGUUUGUUUCCUUUCUCUCUCUCCUUCCUUCUACUUCUAUCUAUCAGCUACUUGACUUAGUAGUUGAAUAAAAAUUACAAAACAAUGGGCCGAACAUCGCGGUACAAGAAAAUCAAGUCAUGCGAUCCCUUUUCCAAAACUGGUGGAUCGGUCGGCAAUGCCAAAUCGGCGGCGUACAUUUGGGGCACCGGCGACAAUGGAAGUGGCAAGCCCAAACGCAAAAGCAAGACAGCACUGCGACUGCAACAACAAAAAAUGGCCCGCAAAUUACGAAAAUUCAAAGACAAGGGAUUGCAACAAAAGAAACGAGACGAAUGGAUAUUGUCAUCAUCACAACAAGGACAAAUGAAUCGACCACCAUCGGACGACGAGGAUGAAUUCGAUAUGAACGAUUUGCAAGGCAGUGUCCGUACUGCGCGACUGGAGGAUACGCUAAGCAGCAAAGGCGAAGAAUCCAUGGAAACUCUUUCGGGUGUCACCAGAGUAGUCAAUAAUCCAUUGGACGAAAUGAAAGAGGCCGAAAAGUUGCUCAAACAGCACGCUACUACAACCGACCAACAAAAACAGUAUGAAGGACGACGCGAAGGAGAAUCCAAAAAUGCCUUUAGCAAACGCGUCAAGGCAGAAACACGACAAAUCAUCAAGCAACAGACACUCGACACGUUGAAUCCCGAAAAGAAGAAACGAAAAAAGGAAUUUCUAAACAAUAAAAAGAAACGAAAGAAACGAAAACAACAACAACAGCAACAACAAUCCUUCGACAAUGAUAAUGAUCAUGACGAUCAUGACAUACAACGAGAGGAUCACAUUCCCUUUGGACAUCAAGUGGAACGACCACCCACGUUUCAAUCGCUGCCACGAGGAGCCACCACCAAAAAGAAGGCACACAACAACAAAGACAACAACAAAAACGCGUUGAAUGUCAAGGCGGAACAAGCCAAUCUGGAACAAAUGAGACUCCAAGUACAGGAACAAUAUGCCGCUAUUAAAGCCAGGCGCAAGCGAGGUGGAGAUUUUCAUUUGUAGAACAAAUAGACAAGAAGCAGCCAACAAGCAACCGAAUCAAUCUCCCUUCCUCGUUAGGUUGGACUUGCAGCAGCGAGCUUGGUAUACUAUUAUAGCUCUUCUUGACCAACUACUAACUAAUAAAGUAACAGGCUACUACAUAAAUCAGUAGCCAAGUGACCAAAUGGGAGAGAUCAUGAUUGAUUACAUAGUUCAGGAAACGGUGGACUGCUCUCCAAAGGAGCAGAGUCUUGCCUGUGAAGCAGUUGGAAAGCCAGGAGAACGUACCUACCAGUACUAGCUAAUAGUAGUACGGUUGUUGGCUAGACAAAACGGCAGGCAAUACUGAUCAUCCAUUUCUAGCUAGCUAGCUAGGUAUCCAAUGAAGUACCGUACCGGUACCGUAGAGUGUAAGCAAAGCCAUGUACGAGAUGCAGCGCACCUCAACAUGCAGAGUUCUUCUCCUCUGGCGUGUGCCGUUCCAUACCGGUAACACUUUGUUGACGACCGAGCUGCUUGCUUCCCAUGGCCCCUCCCUAACAACUCUUUCACGAGAAGGUUGGGUUGUGGUUGCCAAACAAGGGAACCAAUCCUCCAAGCUAGCUUCUCCAGCUAGCUAGCUAGAUGUAGCUAGUAGACUACUAGCUAGCUAGCUAGUACAGUAG